AAGACUUCGACCGAGUAACAGCGCGUCCCCGCAGCUGCACAGCGCUACUUUAGAUAGUUUGGUAAUCAGAAAUCCCCCUGGGAAUAAAUCCGUGUUAUUACCUACGUGUGGACGAAGAGCAGUCGAGCGUUUGUGGAAACAUGGACGCGACCCUGGAGGACAGCUUCCACGGCUCGUCGGAGGCAUAAAAAGCGGGUUCCGGUGGCGUUAUGUUUUUCUGUCAGGAAGUUUGACGCAUUCGGCUGAAGAUUAUUUCUCACUUUGUUUUGGUUGGGGCAAAGUUUGUGGACCGCGAUCGGCCACGGAAAACACGCACGACAGCCCGGUGGACGGUGGACUCUGACGUUGGAGAAGACUGCGUUUUGUGGAUAUCACAUGAAUUCUCCAGGAACCGUAAUGUUAGGAUUGUAAACAUCGAUGCUCCAACUUGUCUUCGCCUAACAUAACACAACAUAUCGACUUUAUGUGCUUAUUAAAACGUAUGCAGGUUGUGUUUUUUUCACAGACAGUUUCAUAUAAGCCAGUUUUUGCGUCAUGUGUGAACCCCAUCAUAUCGCGCACUGAAUCAAAUUCCCCUGCACUUUUGUCUUGUCACAGGCCGGAGAUCGGCCUGCAUGUAGUCUUCUGCUGUUAUGUUUAAGAUCCAUAUUCAAGUUGCCAUGCGAUGCCGUUAUCUGCAGGGCACUCGUACAAGUAAAGAUAUCUCCAGGGUUACCAUUUUGGACUCCAACCUGGCAACACAGUGAGGAAAAAUCUGCAAACUUUGCAAGAACAGAGGCCAUCAAAAAAAAAAAAAAUCACGGAAAUCGUUCGGUCUUUUCCUCUGGCGAGCUCAUACUCACAAAUGGAUUUUAUACAGGCCAUGCCGUUAUUGUUGCACCUUGUUUGGUAGGGUUUUUUUUGUUCCUAUAACACACGGACAUGGGCUCCCGCAUGCCUCAGAGAGUUGAUGUCGAGUGUGACCUCUGAAAAUGUUUUGGAAACGUGAGUUUUUUCCAGAGAUCCGGAGCUGCAGCAGAGCAGAAGUUUGUCUGUGGGCCACAGCUGGAGCAGCCUGAUGUGAGCUUUUCCAUCGGAACAUUUUCUCGUCAAACCUCACAGCUGUCUGAUGUGACCGGGGUCGUUUUUUUGUUUUGUUUUUUUUUCAGCUCGGAAAGUAUCUAUUAGUGUGUGUGUGCUUUCGUUUUUCCGUUGAAGAAGAAGAGCCCCUGAUACCUGAGGGGGUGGGGGGUGGUGGGUCAGGCCCGCCAUGGCGCCCCCACACUCACACACGCUCCCCGGUGUGUCGGUGUGACGGAGGGCACCGAUGGACGUGAGCAACGGAACGACCUACUGCGUCAUCUCUGCCUCGAGACACCGGUGACCGGCCGGCCGCACGCGGGGGAGAAGCCCGGGCUUGUCCCUACCGAGGUUGUCAAGGCGACAGGCUGUGGCUGGUUUGUUUCUGAAGACCGGUUUGUAGACCUCGCACACAAACAUCGCCACAAUGAAUGAGAGACAGGCGCUCCACUCUAUAAUGAAGGACCUGGUUGCCCUCCAGAUGACGCGGCGCCAGCCUGUGUUACCAUAUGACAGCGGCAAACCCAAGGCACUGGCCCAGGCCAACAGACAGGAUGAUGUCAGGAUAAAGUUUGAGUUCUCAGGAGAGAGGAGGAUCCUGAUGUUUGGACGACCUGUGCAGUUCGAGGAAAUCCAGCAGAAAGUUAAGGCCGUUUUUGGCCAGCAGCUGGACCUGCAUUAUAUGAACAAUGAGUUGUCCAUCCCUCUGCGAGGUCAGGAUGACCUGGACAAGGCGAUCGACCUGCUGGACCGGAGCUCCAACAUGAAGAGCAUCAAGAUCUUGCUGCUCACUCAGGAGCACAGCAAUGCCUCCUCUCCGUCCCACCACGUGCCGUGUAAGCAGGUGAGGAUCAAGUCCUCACAGUCCACUGGAGACGUUAGCACGGCGUAUCAAUCCUCCGAGCCCAGGGGGCGCCACCUAUCAACCGGUUCUCAGAACACGGGGCGCAGCUCGCCGCCUCCUGGCUAUGUGCCUGAAUGCCAGCAGAGGAUCGCACGCCAAGGUUCAUAUACCAGCAUAAACAGUGAGGGGGAGUUCAUCCCUGAGACCAGCGAUCAGUGUGUGCUGGAUCCCUGGAGCAGUGCCGAAAACUCUGUCUCUGGAAGCUGUCAGUCUCUGGACAGCAACUCUGACAGCCCCUCGCUGAGGAAGUCGCGCAUGCACAGGGCCAAGAGUUACCCUGAUAAUCGUCAGGAGUUCUCAGACAGGGAGAAUCAUGUGUAUGACAGGGUAGCAGGGAAAGGGGGCACCUAUCCUCGAAGGUACCAUGUCUCCCUGCAUCAUAAAGACCACAGCGAAGGCCGUCGAACAUUUCCUCGAAUUCGUCGCCCCCAGGGGAACCUGUUCACUCUGGUGCCCUCACGCCGGUCGCUCAACGGCAGCGAGGAGAGUCUGGGCAGCUGGCAACUGGUUGACGCUCAGGGCAGGCUCCGCCCCCAAGAGCGUUCUGUCGCACACAAGUCUCCCAGUGCUCCCAUGACGUGGCGACGGGGAAAACUACUGGGCCAGGGAGCAUUCGGUCGGGUUUACCUGUGUUACGAUGUGGAUACUGGGAGGGAGCUGGCUGCCAAGCAAGUCCAGUUUGACCCUGAGAGUCCAGAGACCAGCAAGGAGGUCAGCGCUUUGGAGUGCGAGAUCCAGUUGCUGAAAAAUCUGCAUCACGAGCGCAUAGUUCAGUAUUACGGCUGUCUGAGGGACCACAACGAGAAGACCCUCACUAUUUUCAUGGAGUACAUGCCGGGGGGUUCGGUCAAAGACCAGCUGAAGGCCUACGGAGCGCUGACAGAAAAUGUGACCCGGAAGUACACAAGACAGAUCCUGGAGGGCAUGUCCUACCUGCACAGCAACAUGAUCGUACACAGGGAUAUCAAAGGCGCCAAUAUCCUGCGGGAUUCAGCCGGCAACGUGAAGCUGGGAGAUUUUGGUGCCAGCAAGAGGCUGCAGACCAUCUGCAUGUCUGGCACCGGCAUCCGCUCUGUGACCGGCACCCCCUACUGGAUGAGCCCGGAGGUGAUCAGUGGAGAGGGCUACGGCAGGAAGGCUGAUGUCUGGAGCCUUGGUUGUACGGUGGUGGAGAUGCUGACAGAAAAGCCUCCAUGGGCUGAAUACGAGGCCAUGGCGGCGAUAUUCAAGAUCGCCACCCAGCCCACCAACCCACUGCUGCCCUCGCACACCUCCGACCAGGCACGGGACUUCAUUAGCUGCAUUUUUGUGGAGGCCAAACACAGGCCCAGUGCUGAGGAGCUACUCAGACAUCCUUUCUCCCAGAUUCUGUGCUGAAACCUGCCUGGUGUCUGAACUUCAUCCACAAAGUGGCACAGUAGCCUCAGCAGUAUCUGUAGCUUCCUCUGAACCAUCCAUGACAGAAAUCUGGACAUGGAUCUAGUCUCAAAAUCAGUGUUUAACGCACUGAGCACUCUGCCGUCUUUCGGAUUCUUCAAGAAGACUUUCAGACAAAUCACAGUUUGACAACAGCACUCAACAAAGCCCUGAAAACUGAUGCCAGUACAUGCCUUUACAAGAGUCUCCACCGGGAGGAGACAGAACACAGAUUGAGUCUUCAAGCCUUCUUAGAUACUCACACUCCAAAGUCAGCAUUAUUCAAGUCAUACACCAGUUGUGUCUUCACAGAAUUUCCUCUCCUGUGUUUACGUUCACUGCGUGAGCAGUUAUGAAAAAUGUGAGGAAGCCCCUGAAGUGUUUGAACCUUUUUUUAAGCUACAGCAGGCUUUAAGCUCAUGUUGAUGUUGAACACCCCUGAUGCACAGCAGUAUUAAAUGGACAGAAUUGUUCUCCUUAUUUUUCCACAUUACUCACACAUACGUAUUUUAUACGUAGAAGUCUCCACCCUUAAACCAUAGCUUUGGUAAAAGCUAGUUUUGAUGCACUUUUCCUUUCAAACUCCACAUUUGUGUCGAUGGUGUGAGAUUGAGUGAUGCCACAUGGAGUAGCUGCACUGGUGUUUAGGGAGAAUUCAGCCAUUGGAACAAAGUCCGGUUUUGGUUGCAGCCCUUCAGAAUCAAAACAUAAUAAGUAAUCUUACAGAUAGAAAAUGUAUUACCACCCUCAACAGAACAUGAUGCAGGGAAGCUGGUUGCCCCAGUUUGUACCUUUUUAUAUUUUACAGUUACAUUAAAGUCACAGUGCCAAGAAGUUUGUCUGAAAAGUAAAUGUUGAUAAUCAGGUGACCUCCAGGUAUUUAAUAGAUAUUCAGGCAACUGCACAACAAAGAGAUUUUUAACACGUCUCUCAAGCUGCAAUCAAGUGUUCAACUCUCCUACCCUCUAGCAUUUCCAAGCGGUGUUAUUGUUUGCGCCACUUUUGCAAAGACACCUGGAACGUUUUAGAGUCGCAAUUAACAUCAACACAUGAUAGAAAAACAUGACUUCAUUCAGUCAUUUAGUGUGUAAUGAAGAUGUGAGAGCAGACAGAGAUGGUUCCAGGCUGCCGACCUGACUGGAAUGCUAGUUGACCUUUUUCUUUUCCUGGGUGACUUCAUGCCCAGUGGCUGACAUAAUUGUGUAGUGAAAGCCGGGUUUAUAGGGAAUUAUUGUCAAGCAGAUGGUGUCAUUAUUCAAUAGACAUUACAGUGCACCAUCAACAUUGACUUUGUGAUGAUAGGCUAAGUUUUUUUGCCAGCAGAAGAGUUUUUGUAGACUCUGGAAAUAGCUUCAGAGCAGCGGUAACUUCAGCUUAAAGAUCAACAGCUACUGAGGAAUAACUUUCUCUGUGACUGUAUGAAAUUGUAAUAGAUGAGAGGCACAAACUUGGACUGCAGCUCCAAUUACUUUUAAUGAUUCUCCUUAAAGAAAAAAACUCUCCUUCCACUGUCAUUACCAGUAUUGCUCUCCUAAAGGAAUCAGUGCAUUCAGUAUAGUCCAAGAAUUCAAAUCAAAUAAUCUACCCAUCAUGACAUGUAACUGUGCUCAAGGGAGCUGAGGGUGGACUCCUCCCAUUAUUAUUCAUCCCUUUUGCCUCAGUGUGACCUGCCCUCCUACCUGCCAUCCUCCUCCUGCAGCUCUUCAGAGGAGAAAGGUAUCUCAGUCGACAAAGUGCCAAAAAGGGGGCAGAUAAUAUAUGACGAUGUGGACUUGGUAUCAGUUGGAAUGUGAAAGUGAACUGAACCCUAAAAAGCCUUAAUUUGGAAGUGAUCUUACUGUUCAUGUGUGUCUGACCCAAACAUCCCUGACUGAGAAGCCUUAACUUAAAGAUCGAUUUAAAAUCAGAUGCACUUUUAUGUAAAAUGAAUGUUAUGGGGUUGGUUUUGUUUUUUUCUCUCAACCAAAUUUGAUUUUGUUUUGUUUUUUGUACUUCAAAUGUGAAAAUUGCUCAGUUUUUAUUUAUAUCCCCAUGUCCAUUCCAAUUAGAUUUUAUAAGCAUAUAUAUGUAUAAAUAUAUUUUUUAUAUCUAGACUGUGUCAAAUCUGAUGAUACUUUCAGGACUUUGUGUCCUUGAAAAUAAAUCAUUGAAAGCAGCUGGUUUUGCAGACAUUACAGAUUUGGGGUUUAUAAAUGAAAAAUGGGUGGAAAACGAACUCUGGCUGCCUGGUUCAUGUUCCAGCUCAGAAGAAAAAAAAAAACUUUCCACACGUCUUUAGCUAUACAUUAAUGCGACAGUGUUACCUGACAGGUUACGUAAACCUUGCAUCAUCAUUUUGGCCGUAACGCUUUGACACAUCAAUGAGCUCUCAUGAAUGAAACCUUUGAUGGCUAAAUUUGAAAAUGCUGGGACUAGUUUUUGUGUGAUUUCAGUGUUAAUAAUAUGAUUAAUAGGUGUGUGUGUGUGUGUGUGUGUGUGUGUGUGUGUGUGUGUGUGUGUGUGUGUGUGUGUGUGUGUGUGUGUGUGUGUAAGCCAAAGACAAGCGGGAUCGGAGCCAGUGCUGGAUUUCAGAGUUCGCUUUCAACCCAGAUGACGACUUUGUUUAUCCCAGGGUUCAGACGACGAGUCCAGCAUUGACUGAUAUUCUGAACAAAGGGCUUACUGCUGCCUUGAUGCUAAUAUGAGAACUUGAUAUGUGGGCUGCUACAGGCUAAAGGCAGCUAAAACAUGUUCAUUGUUGAAAAUAAUGCAGCGAGAUAAAGAACCCUGUGGUAAGCAAAUGAGUACAAACUAGUU